AUGAGUUCAGGAGCCAGACCGCGGGUGUUUAUCAGUCGGAGAAUUCCGGAGGAGGGUCGAGCGCUGCUGGCAGCCACAUGUGAUGUGAACAGUUGGGAGUCGGACGAACCACCAUCUCAUAGUGAAUAUCUUCAAGCUGUGGCAGGGGUGGACGGUAUCCUGUGUCUGCUCACGGAUACGAUUAAUGGGGAACUACUGGACGCUGCAGGCCCCGGUCUGAAGGUCGUCUCCACCCUGAGUGUGGGAUAUGACCACAUUGAUGUGAAAGAAUGUGCCAGACGUAAUGUCAAGAUUGGAUACACACCAGGAAUUCUAACGGCUGCUACAGCAGAACUGACAGUUGCACUGCUGCUGGCGACCUCCCGCAGACUCAAGGAGGGUAUUCGAGCUGUGGAAAAUGGGGAAUGGGGUUCCUGGAAACCUAUGUGGCUGUGUGGGCCAGGUCUUGAGGGUGCAACUGUAGGAAUUGUGGGAUUUGGUCGUAUUGGCGUCACUGUUGGCCGAUGUCUGAAACCGUUUGGUGUGGCCAGUUUUCUUUACAGUGGAAGAUCAGAAAAACCAGUGGAAGCCAAAGAACUUGGAGCCAUGUUUGUCAGCUUUGACGAAUUGCUAGCCAAAUCUGACUUUGUAGUUGCCUGUUGUGCUCUCACAGAUAAGACCAGAAACUUAUUUAAUGCCAGUGCUUUCAAGAAGAUGAAGAACAGUGCCGUGUUUGUCAACACCAGCAGGGGAGGGAUUGUCAAUCAGAAUGAUUUAAUCACGGCCCUGCAGUCUGGACAGAUCGGGGCUGCCGGCCUGGAUGUGACCACACCAGAGCCUCUGCCGACAGACAGCCCACUCCUGAAACUGGACAACUGUGUUGUUCUUCCUCACAUUGCCAGUGCCACGCACAAGACAAGGGCAGCCAUGGCAGUCCUGGCAGCCAACAAUUUGCUGGCUGGGCUGAGGGGAGAUAAACUUCCACAUGAAAUUCAGAUCUAG